AUGUUAAAUGUUGCAGUCAACUAUGGUGGAAUGAUGCUUCGCUCACUUUUCGAACACUACCAACACUGCGAAAUGGGUGCUGAGGGAUCAGAAACAGCACUCGCAACCGCUGGCUACAUCUCUGUUCCAGGCCACACGCCAAUCAUAGUGUCGGAAGUUAACGGGCGCACCGUCUUGCGGCUACUGGUACGUGACGCUGCUAAUGAGGCUGAGUCAGCUUGCUUAGCAAAGGAUUUACCAGAAUGGAUAACCGCAGUCGUCGAAAGAAGCAUGCUGCCAAAAUUCACGAAAAUGCCCUUCUAUUUGCUGCCACACGCCAGUUUGAAUGUGAAGACCCCGAAAAAAGAUCGCCUUUCUGCCACUGAGAUGCUGCAAGUUCGUAAAGUAAUGGAGCAUGUGUAUGAAAAGAUACUGAAUAGCCCGGAAUCAACGAUGGGUGAGACACCGAUGCCCGUGCAAAUCCCGACCAAUAUUGAGCAAAAAAUGGAGCUCUAUUGUAACGAACAAGAACUUCGUGCCGAAUUCUUAGCUGAACGCACCGAGUUCAAAGCUUUAGAAAUUCUCAAACGGAUGGUAGCGAUAGAUGUGAGACAGGUUGAUGAGAAUGCUUGGCUUGAUUGCAAAGAUCUCAUAGCGAUGCUCUUAAAUGCUAUUCCAGUUCAAACUUUGCUGGAAACGCAACAGAUUAUGCUGCUGACGGCCCUGGAGUCAUGUCCGUCGCAUGUGGUGGCUGCACUUGCUUCUCAUCUUACAUCUCAUCAAGAUGUGGUGUCGCCGCUGCUGAAUGGCGUAGCUCAAGCGGUAGCAGUAGCCUUUGCCCGCCGCAUUAAUGAUCCAGACACUUUCGAGCAGAUUAUGCUGCUGACGGCCCUGGAGUCAUGUCCGUCGCAUGUGGUGGCUGCACUUGCUUCUCAUCUUACAUCUCAUCAAGAUGUGGUGUCGCCGCUGCUGAAUGGCGUAGCUCAAGCGGUAGCAGUAGCCUUUGCCCGCCGCAUUAAUGAUCCAGACACUUUCGAGCAG